AUGCGUUUCACUACCUCCGUCCUUGCCACUCUCAUCGCCGUCGUUGCCGCAGCGCCGGCACCCGAGGCUGCCUCCGUGGACUCCAAUGUUCAGCUCGCCACGAGCCUUGUACAAGUACUAGAUCCUGAUCUUCCUUUUAUGCUUGCAUCAGAGAAGCUCAAGGCCCAGGGAUGCCGGGAUGAGAAGACCUUCCUACAGUGCUUGCUCAACGGCUGCCCGCCCAUCAUCCCACCUGGAGGCUGCAUUUCCGAGAUUACCUGCUACAUCAUCUGGUGUACCUAG